AGGCGUUGAAGGGCAUAAAAAGGGGCAAAUGGUUAAGUAAUAAGGACAAAACCCAACUACUCGGAAGGGUUUUCUUUCUUUCUUUCUUGCAGACACCCACACACACGAUUAUGAACAUCAUCAAAAUCCAUCUCAUCACUCCCACAACAAUUUCCCUGUCUCUAUUCUUCCUAUAGAUACACACACCCUUCCUUCAGAUCUUGUCAGACAAUCUCUCUCUCUCUCUCUCUCUCUCUGUCCUGUUUUUUUCCUGUUUCAAAUCUCUCUUUUGUUUCGAUCCUCAGAUCCUUUUGUUUCUCUCUGUCUUUUACUUUGACCAUUUGACCGGCGUUAACAUGGGCCAGUGCUACGGCAAAACAAUUCCAACAACCGACAACGACGGCCCCACCACCAUCAUCGCCGCCGACGACCACCACCACCAACAACAACGUUCGUAUCCACAAUCACCACUCCCCUCCAACAACAACGUUCCCUCUGUCAAAAACACUCCGGCCCGAUCCUCCAGCCCAUGGGCCAGCCCAUACCCACACGGAAUCUCCAGCCCCUUACCCACCGGAGUAUCGCCGUCGCCGGCCCGAUCGUCGACACCGGGCCGGAGGUUCUUCAAACGCCCGUUUCCGCCGCCGUCACCAGCUAAGCAUAUUAAAGCUUCGCUGGCGAGAAGGUUCGGGCAGACGAAACAGCAGCAGCAGCAACGGGCAGGCACGAUUCCUGAGGAUGGGGCAGCGGUUGAACAGCCGGAAUUGCAAUCGCUUGAUAAGAAUUUUGGGUAUAAUAAGAAUUUUGGGGCCAAGUAUGAAUUGGGGAAGGAGAUUGGGCGAGGGCAUUUUGGUCAUACUUGUCAUGCUAAAGGGAAAAAAGGGGAACUUAAGGAUCAACCUGUUGCUGUUAAGAUUAUUUCUAAAGCUAAGAUGACAACUGCAAUAUCGAUUGAGGACGUGCGUAGGGAAGUAAAAAUAUUAAGAGCUCUUUCUGGUCAUAAGCAUCUGAUCCACUUUUUUGAUGCAUGUGAAGAUGCAAAUAAUGUAUACAUCGUUAUGGAAUUGUGUGAAGGUGGGGAAUUACUUGAUCGGAUACUAUCCAGAGGUGGAAGAUACACAGAAGCGGAUGCAAAAUUGAUAAUUGUUCAGAUACUAAGCGUUGUUGCUUUUUGCCAUCUUCAAGGCGUAGUGCAUCGUGACCUAAAGCCCGAGAACUUUCUUUUCAUGUCCAAAAGUGAAGACGCUGAUAUGAAGCUUAUUGAUUUUGGUCUUUCCGAUUUCAUUAGGCCAGAAGAAAGGCUUAAUGAUAUAGUUGGAAGCGCGUAUUAUGUUGCGCCAGAAGUUCUGCAUAGAUCGUACAGCUUGGAAGCGGAUAUAUGGAGCAUCGGUGUUAUUUCAUACAUUCUUUUAUGCGGGAGCAGACCGUUUUGGGCAAGAACCGAAUCAGGAAUAUUUCGAGCGGUUUUGAGAGCAGACCCUAAUUUUGAUGAUAUACCGUGGCCUUCUGUAUCGCCAGAAGCUAAAGAUUUUGUUAAAAGACUUUUAAAUAAGGACUAUAGAAAAAGAAUGAGUGCUGCUCAAGCUCUCACUCAUCCAUGGUUGUCAACUGAAAACCAUCCGAUUCCGUUAGAUAUAUUGAUUUACAAACUGGUGAAGGCAUAUCUUCAUGCUUCUCCGUUCAAACGUGCUGCACUCAAGGCACUUUCAAAAGCACUGACCGAGAAUGAACUGAUUUAUCUUAGAGCUCAAUUCAUGCUUUUGGAACCAAACAAAGACGGUCGUGUAUCUCUCGACAACUUCAGAAUGGCGCUCAUGCGUAACGCUACGGAUGCAAUGAAGGAAUCUAGGGUUCCUGAUAUUUUAAAUGCAAUGGCACCGUUAUCUUACCGGAAGAUGGACUUUGAAGAGUUUUGCGCAGCCGCCAUAAGCACAUAUCAAUUGGAAGCCCUUGAAACAUGGGAACAGAUUGCAUCGACUGCAUUUGAUUUUUUUGAACAGGAGGGUAACCGCGCAGUGUCUGUUGAGGAACUUGCUCGGGAACUGAACGUGGGUCCUACUGCACAUUCGAUUCUGAAGGACUGGAUUAGAGGCGAUGAUGGCAAGCUGAGUUUGUUCGGUUAUGCCAAAUUUUUGCAUGGAGUCACGCUUCGCAGCUCCAACUCAAGACAUUGAUUAGAUUUUGUUUCUUUCUUUUUAUAUUGAAAGGAUGUUUUUUUUUUCUUUCUUGUUUUACCAUAUUUUGCUGGAUUAAGGUUUUAUGGGGGGCACUUGUGUAGAAGAAAUGAAUAUAGUAGAGACAAAAUCAAACAAGGGGUUUUUUUAUUUAUUUUUUUUUAAUUUAGGUGUGGAAGAGAUUUUUUUUUUCUUGUCGGAAUGUUUGGAAUAUUCUUGUGCUUCACUCCCCCACACAAGAUAAGAUUCUUAUGACAUGUCAUCUGUUUGCUUCUG